AUGCUGGAUUUAGAAAUCGUUCCGGAACGUUCCCUGGGCUGUGAUGCCUGGGAGUUCGUACUAGGGAUGCACUUUUCUCAAGCCGUUUCAAUUAUACAGAGUCAAGUCGGAACGAUACGAGGGGUACAAGUUUUAUAUAGUGAUCAGAAUCCCCUAUCAGUAGACCUAGUAAUAAAUAUGCCGCAGGACGGCGUACGGUUAAUAUUCGACCCGGUCGCACAGCGGCUCAAGAUCAUAGAAAUAUACAAUAUGAAAUUAGUUAAACUUAGGUAUAGUGGUAUGUGUUUCAAUUCGCCGGAGAUCACGCCAUCAAUAGAGCAAGUCGAACACUGUUUCGGUGCAACGCACCCCGGUCUAUAUGACAGCCAGCGACACCUCUUUGCGCUGAACUUUCGAGGCCUCUCCUUCUAUUUCCCUGUUGAUAGUAAAUUUGAGCCUGGAUACGCACAUGGUCUUGGUUCACUUCAGUUCCCGAACGGCGGCUCGCCUGUCGUGUCAAGGACAACGAUAUACUACGGUUCACAGCAUCAGUUAACCCGCUCAGCAAGCGGUGGCCGAUGCACAGCGCCCUUAGCUGACCUGCCACUCUCAUGCUACCGCCAUCAACUUCACCUAAGACGCUGUGACGUGCUCCGUUCACCCACAGCGACGUUGGGACUCAGAUUGCAUAUAUAUACUGAGGGCACGCGCGCCGGGUCGCCGGCGGCGGCGCGGCGGCGCGUGGUGCGCUUCGGCGACAGCUGCCAGGCGGUGUCGCGCGCGCUGGCGGCGCCCGCGCGCCUCUAUUACAAGGCGGACGACAAGAUGCGCAUACACCGCCCCACCGCGCGCCGCCGCCCACCACCUGCUUCUGAUUACUUCUUCAAUUACUUCACUUUGGGAUUGGAUGUGUUAUUCGACGCUCGCACGCAUCAAGUGAAGAAGUUUGUCCUCCACACUAACUAUCCGGGACAUUAUAACUUCAAUAUGUACCAUCGCUGCGAGUUCGAGCUCAACGUGCAGCCGGACAAAUGCGAGUCGAACACGCUGGUGGAGUCGCUGGGCGCGGUGUGCAUCACGGCGUACAGCAAGUGGGAGAGCGUGUCGCGCGCGCUGCGCGUGUGCGAGCGCCCCGUCGUGCUCAACCGCGCCUCCUCCACCAACACCACCAACCCCUUCGGCUCCACGUUCUGCUACGGAUACCAGGAUAUGAUAUUUGAGGUGAUGUCAAACAACUACAUAGCGUCGAUAACUCUGUAUCAGCCGGAGGGCACACGCCCCCAUUACGCGGUGAGCUCCAUCGCG